GGUCAUGCGUAAGGCGAUCCAUUCAAUGAGCGUGAGCAGCACCGAGAGCUACCGUGCGCUUCUAAAACUACGCGUGUUGCUGCUGAGUGGGAUAUAGCUGCUGCUGCUAGUGUUGCUCCCUUGAUAACCCAGAGGAAAAUGGUGAUAACUGCUUCUACUUCUUCUAACUGUGGUAACUUGGUAUUGAAACCGUGUGAUAUAGUGGCCGUGCAGAACAAAGGACUACUACCUUACUUCACAAUUCCCACCAGCUGCAGUGGUAUGGCCCAAAGCUGCAGUCAAAAUAGUUACCCCCUGUGUGCACCAGUAAUGGGCAAAGUCUCGGCUAUGGGUUUGUCAACUACAAGAGACCAGAGGAUGCUGAAAAAGCAAUAAACACAUUAAAUGGUCUCAGACUUCAGAACAAAACGAUUAAGGUCUCUCUUGCACGCCCAAGCUCUGAGAGUAUUAAAGGAGCUAACUUAUAUAUUAGUGGCUUGCCUAAAUCUAUGACACAGUUGGACUUGGAGGCACUGUUCUCUCAGAUUGGGAAUAUCAUUACUUCAAGAAUACUUUAUGACCAAACCACAGGCCUUUCCAAAGGUGUUGGAUUUAUCCGCUUUGACCAAAGAUGUGAAGCGGAACGUGCCAUUCAGAAGCUGAAUAACCACAUUCCAGAGGGAUGUCUGGACCCCAUCACUGUUAAAUUUGCUAACUCACCGAGUUCAAAUAAGAACUUGGCUGGCAUGGCUCCCCUGGCACUGGCCACCUACUUGUCGCCCACACACCGCCGAUUCUUCGGCCCGAUUCACCAUGCCACAGCCUCCAGCAGGUUUAGGUAUUCCCCUCUCGAGUCUGGACUGCUGCCCAACACCCUGUUACCCACAACCCUCACCACGGCAGCAACAGCGGCAGCAGCCACCAACAGCAGCUCCUCAACCACAGCCCUCAACGCCACAGGCUGGUGCAUCUUUGUGUACAACCUGGCGCCCGACACAGAGGACAGUGUGCUCUGGCAGCUCUUCGGGCCAUUCGGUGCCGUGCAGAGCGUCAAGGUCAUUCGGGAUUUCACCACGCAGAAGUGCAAAGGGUUCGGAUUUGUCACAAUGACCAACUACGAGGAGGCCCUGAUAGCAAUACAAAACCUGAAUGGAUUUACCUUGGGCAACCGUGUUCUACAGGUGUCAUUCAAAGCUAAUGGACGAAAACCAUAAUCAACAUUUAGUAGUUCAUAUUUUGACAAAAGGGAAAAAGACACGACUCAUCAUUCAUUGACAGAUUGUCACCAGAAAAUACACACCAGAGUGCAUAACCCUGAGCGUACUUUUAGAUUUUUAUGGUAAACCCAACUAAUAUCGAAACAAGCUAGUCAGGCAGUAUGAAUAGCUCCUAUUUAUACUCGUAUUAAUAUAGACAAAUGACUUGCAAUCUCAGGAAGAUGGGAUGAGUUCUUUGCCGUGAUCUGUGGACUUUGACUGUUUGGGGAAGAAUUAUCUAGACAUAAUACUGUUACUGUACAAUGUUAAUCUUGACAGCUUAUUAAGACAGUCUGAAGUUUGCUUGCCCAUCCUCUGUCUUACCCCCCCCCACCCUUUCCUCCCAACCCCCCCACAGGUACCCUCCCCCUUCAGCCUCCCAACUCCUGUUCCCUAUUUCCCAUGCCUUUACCAUUUUUAAGGAGGAAGAAAAUCUGCUAAUUAUUUUUAAAGAUUGGGUGAUAUUUACUCUGUAUCAACUUAAGAUGGGGCUCAUUGUAUAUUUGUAAUUUUGUUUCAUUGUUUUUUUGCAAGGACAUAAUUUUGAAUUUGUAAUUUAUAAUUCUUUGACAUGUUUCUUCAUUUUCCUCUCCCACCUUCUUACCCCCUACACCUUCUUCCUCCUCUUAAGAUAACAAAAUCUGUCUUUUUUUUAAAUUGCAGCAUCUAAAGGACUUUGUGCAUAAUUAACAUUUUUCAAAUUACAUUUUAUUUGUCAAACUUAGUUUAAUCAAUUUAUGAUAUUUUUUCCCUUAUAACUGUAAUUCUUAUGUAGUCCAUGAUUUGGAACUUGAUAAUUGCAUAAUAUUUGUCAUGUGUGUAUGUUUGUGGAUCCUUGUGCUUUAAGUGCACGUAGAAGCUCAAUCUUUACUCGAUGUUCAUUAUUGAUUGAUUUUGUGGCUUCAGUUUGGUUUUUCUCUAUUUCAUUUUUUUCUUCCGUGGGAUUUGGUUAAAAUGAAGCACUUUGUUUCAUUGGUUAUCUAUUAAACAUUUCCCUCUGUUUAUAUCUUGAGUUGUUUUAUUUCUUUUUCGUUGUGGCAUGACUCUCUUUCUUCUUUGUAUAUACAAAUAAAAGAAAGCAGACAAUGGAUUGGACUGAUGAUUUCACAAGUUGUCUGUAAAAUGAAAGAAAAAAAAAAACCCAACAAAAAACCAAAAAAACCCCAAGACAAAUUGUUGUCUAGAUUGUUGCUGAAAAAAGGGGAGAAGAAAGAUCUAAAAUUUAAAAAAAGAAAAAGAAAUACUCAUGAGUCUUAUCGAACACAUGCAUUUUCAUGGCUGUGCCAUAACAAAAUAAAUUGUGAAAAGAAACACUAACCCAUGAAUUUGCUGUAAUAAAACUAUGAGAAGUGUUUGAAGUCUGUUCAGUCACCUUUGGUUUUCAUUUUGUGUUUAGUUCUUCAGGUUUUCUUGCUUUGUAUUAAUUUGUGUCUCAUUCAAAUGGAUAAAGCUCAGAUAAAUCAAUAUCACUUUUGGCUUUCUCAAUUCAUGCGACUCUUUUAACUGCACAAUUCCUAAAUGCUAAAACUCUUUCUUGUCCCUGUUACUGAUUUAGAACAGUGUUUUGUAGUACUGGUACUAACAUCGCAGUUUUGCAUGUUUUUGUCUGUGGGCAAUACAAGGUCAAAUUUAUUACUACCCCCCUCCCUGCCCCAGCUUUCCUCCCUUUCUGAGUCAUUUUGUUAUAAAAUUGUGAGGAAUUGCUGAAUUUGAUUAGCAAAUAAUUCAGAUCUUCCAUUGAUGCAACUUGCUGAUAAAUUUUGAUGUUGUUUACCGUUUUUCACUGUGUCACCCUUCUAUGAAACAAAACCGUUCUUGUGUUAAUUCAUAGUGUGAUGGUCACAAUUUCUCCUUGUCUCCUAGGUAGUCAGGUGGUUCAUGCUGGCUCUAACCUUAUGGGACAAUCUUGUAUGGAUCUCUGUCUUCGAGUCUGAACUUGUGGUGCCUCCAGCAAACUGUUGUUGGUCGUACGUGGAAUGUCGUUGUCUCAUAGAAUAGGCCGUGAUCUCUCCUCUAGGUUGUAGUGAAGCAGAAUGCAGUUGAAUUCUUUGGAUCUUUGUUGUGGAAAUCUUAUGGGGAAGAAAGAUUUAUGGAGUCAGCAGUUGUUAUCUGAGGACAGCAUAAGCAUAUAAAACAAAGCAGUAUGUCCCUCUUCUUUGCUAGCGGGGAAAUAUUAAAUAGCCUCUCCCCCCUGUGAGUAGUCGUCUGAUACCUGAACACUUUCUUCUUCAAGUUGGUUGAAGGAACUUGUCCACUGCUGUAGUAACACUGUCACCUCUGACCGUGCUUCACCACUUGGGGAACAUGGAGUUGUUUCCUGUGUAUUUGCAAACAUGUGAUCUUCUUUGUUCUCAUUGUGCUGUGACUAUUACCUGAUGUGUUUUUUGAUUUUGAGCAAUUGCUUGUGGUGUGGUUGUUGGAUUCAUGUGGUUGACUUGAGGAGGGAACAAUGCCGAGAGGAAUCUCUUAACUCCAGCUAGCUUCCAGUUUGGUUGCUGCAGUGGUUCACUGAUAGUCAUCGUAUAGUGGUGGACUGCUCCAAGGUUUAUACUCGUCUAUAUUUCAAAGUUUACCUGUGAGAGUGAUGAAUUGUCUCUCUUUUUUUUCUUUGGAGAUUUUAUUGCUCCCCAGAUAUAAAGUUUCCUUUUGGUGUUCUUUUGAAGCGAUGAACAAACUUUUGGCAAUCAUGUUGAAAUCAUUUACUUGUGCAAUGUAUUGUUCCAUUUUCAGAAUGUAACAGCAAAUAUUCUUUUUAAGCCCCCCAACUUCCAGCUUUCGUAAUAACCCUGUUUUGGGCCCAACAAGCCUAAUGAUAAUAUAUGCAAUUCCAUUUUUUUAUUAACUCCACACUAUUUGUGGCAACUAUACAAUUUUUGAACUAUGGUAGAAAUUGUUACCAUACUAUUUUUGCGGAUGGUCAUUGAGUUCAUAUCACAAGUAUCGCCUGAUGCCAAGUGGGUCCGUGUUUUCUAGUCUGUGGCUAUUAUUGUUUUAUAAUAGCUUUGUGUUCAUCCACUUGGGGAUUGGGCUGAAAGUUUACACCCAUUUUACAUUUUGGCCCCCUCUUUUCUUUCCUCAAUCUGUAUACUUGGUUUAAACUGAAAAGUACAGGCUGUAGACAUUAUGGAGUAGGCAAUUCUCAGUUUUGGCGUUUUCUUGGUUCCCGGAUGUACCUUCCCUUUCCUCCCGGCAGAAAUAAGUUCUCAGUUGUCAGUAGGGCCAGGUUUUACUGUCGACUCGUCUCGGUUCAUCUCCCAUUCUGUUCACAAUUCUGUGGAUGCUUAAUUUCUUCAUGUCUGCUUUCCUUCUCCGGCAUCUGCUAAUAUGAUUUCUGUCAUGGUAUGUGCGUGUAGGGGCUACUGUUAGCUUACACGUCCUUUUAUCAAUAUAGACUUUUCUUUUGUGAAUUUGAUGUUUCAUCCAGUCUUGAGUAUUCAAUCGGCGUAGCUUUUUAACCCCAGUUUUUUGUGUAAGUUCAUUGUUUCUCAAUAGUUUUCAUGAUUCCAUGUUUUUGAUUGUUUGGUGUUUAUUGUUUUGGAGUUUGUUUUUUGCUCGAAUUCAUUCCAGUGUUGAUCAUAUCACUCGGUUCUUCACAUUAGGUAGAUUUUUACUUGUCUGGUUGGUGCCAUGAUGCGCUCAUAGGCAGGAGACCAGAAAUCAUUUCCAACUGAUCUCAAAAGUAGUCCCUUUAAAUGUCAUAUUACUCCCCCCCCCCCCCCCUUUCCGGUGUCCAGCCCAUUGUCCACACUCGUAAUUUAUAGCUUGUCACCUCUUCUUCUAAACAUUCACUUGCAGUGACAUUCUACUUGAGAUGUUUUCCAUGCUAUUUUUUGAGUUCCACCUUGAGAUUACUAACAUUUAAGAACCUACCUAUGUGUGUGUAUUUAAUUCUCUUCCAGCUGCCAACUGCAUAUACUUUAUCGUCCUUUUAUGUGCUUCUGCUUUUUCGUUAGCCCUUCAGUAUAUUUUCACCUUUGAUUCAGCUAAACACUAAUUAAUGUUGAUUUUUAAAUCCCUCUUUCUUUCCACUUUGAUUACUAGCAAUGGAAUGCGUCCGCGUGAGGCGGUGAAUCGUUUUUAGGUGAGAUUUAAGAGAAGAAAAAAACGUCAAAAUUCUUUGAAAGAGAACAUUUUUGAAACCACAAGUUAGACCAAAACUGAUCAGCUGUCUGUUGUUCUGUGUGCAUCAUGACGCAAUCAAGGCUAUAGACUGUUGUCCAGGUUAUUAACAGUAGUUUGGUUGUAUUGCAAUAUUUGUACUUUUACAUGUGAAGACAUUUACAAAAAUAAAAUAUGGCAAACUUGAGUUUUGCUUUGUAUUUUUCCACUGCUCCCUUCUAUUCCUGGCUCAUAUACUACUAGCAGUGAUGAGUUUUUUUAAUGGGCACAUUGCACUCCGAACCCGUGCCCGACUAGGCUGCCAUCCUCACUGGAGUUUGUGGAGAGAUGCUACUAUUACUACUACCCCUCAGGUCUCUUGUCUUAGCAGUUAUUUUUCUCUUCUUUGUUUUAUUCCUUUCCUGGUCCAUGUGUAAGAACAAUAUCAGUACGGUAAUAAAAGAGCAAGAAGCGAACAAAAAAAGACAAAAACUGGAAAA